AUGACCUCACAACUUGACCUUGACCGGGCUCGACCCUCUCCGUGCCGCAAAGACUUCCUCAUUCACCGGGAGAAACACUCAAACAGCUCAUAUAUGAUCAUCUCUUUUCUAACUCUGACUCCUCGUAUCACAGAUGUCGACGGGACUGUGUGGAAUAAUGAUGAGUAAGUACGCCACGCAGAGUCCCAGCUUGUCUCGUUCCUCCUCUUCAGUUCAGGUGUUGACACUCCUUUAGUUUUUGUUUGAACAUCAAGAGUUGGAGGACAACCAUAACACCGGAUUCAUCUGUAAUAAUCCUUCGUUUACGCCACCAAUCAAAGCGAGGAGGCAGGCAGAGUCUUCUCCGGCUGUUUUCACUGAGUCGACGUGCCAACUUCAAUUCUGCGCUGUUGUCCCCAGAUCAAAGAAAGUACAGAACCGGGCCACAGAGGCUGCUUUCUCUUUCUGGGGCAGCUUGUCACGCAGCCUUACGUGGACUAGUAAACCCGGACCGCCUCCUGGUUCUGUCAGAACUGCUCCCGGGUCACCUGCAGAAUGAGUGCACUCUUCAUACUGGUUAAAACUACCUCCACCCAGUAAAUCAAAUCCCUUAUGGAUCUUCUUUUCUCUCUUUUGUAUAUGUGAUGUGUCUCAGUGCGUCCUCUCCUCACACCAUCUGUCCCACAGCUCUAACAGCAUAAUAGGCCUUGGACUGCUGUGUCAUCUCAUUGAGUCCUAUUAGGGGCUCUUAUAUCUGACUGGCAUGUUGUUAUUGCUCUCCCAGACCACAGCUAAAACUGAGGAAUAGCUCUGCCAAGCAGGCCCUUUUAAGUCUCUGCAGCAUUGAUGGCCCUGGCAGUGAGGAGCUAAGGGGUUGUGGUGGUGGGAGGUACGGGGCUAACAUAAAAAGAAAGGAAGGGGAGGAGGUAACACGGUGGGACGCUGGCCCUCCUGGGGGUACAUGACAGGCAUGUCAGGUAUGCAAAUGGUCUCACGCUGGUUUGCUAUGGGCUCUGCCACAGGUGAAUGCCAACGCUGCCACUCCAACGAUCACUAAGGGAGGACUGAGGGGCAUCGACAGGCUUGUAGAGACGGCGGGGAGC